AUGUUCGAAGGCGGUGCUGUCGAUACUGGAGCACAAAUGUCUGUCAUUGGCACUUGCCAAGCGAGGGCGUACUGUGAUUCUCUUGGAAUUGACCUUCAUCUUCCCCCCACUCAAUCUACCUUCGUGUUUGGAGACUUGAAGAAGAGCCUGGGGAAACUGAAAAUUGUCUUGCCAACGCCAAGUGGUGACGCACCAAUUGAAACGCAUAUCCUUCCUGCUAAGAUUCCGUUCUUGAUCGGCUUGAACACACUGGACAAGUAUGGUUGGAAUGCUCUAACUGUUCAGAAUGAGCUCCAUUCCGUCAAUGAGGGUUGCAAGAUUCCAAUAACGAGGAAACUGAGUCACAUGUAUGUGACUUGGGAAAAUCAGUAUGUCACUCACUAUUCCAGGCAACAACUACAAAACAUGCAUCUGCACUUCAUGCAUCCCUCUGUUUCAAAACUCCUCAAUCUUCUUGAACGUGCUUAUCAGGAUCAAGUGACUGAAGAUACGAAAGAGAUACUCAAAGACAUUUCCGAUGCUUGUCACAUUUGCCAGACAUACUCUUCAAAGCCGAUAACAUCCAAGUCAGGUUCCCGGAUGAAGUUGUAUUCAACAAAACCAUACGAAUGGAUUUGA